AGGGGCAGGAGUGGCGUUCGGAGCGGCCUGGGCCCGGCGGAGCGCGGCGGAAUCCGGCUGCCCUCGGCCGGCCGCCGGGGGCUGCACGGAGACCCCCGGGAGCGGGGCGCCCCAGUGUGCACCGCCGGGCGCAGGAGGCAGAGCCGCCCCAGGGGGCCAAAGAGACGCCGGGAGAGUCGCGGGACCCCCCAGGGGCAGGGGCGGGACCUCCGCGGCUCCCCUCCCUCCCCGAUCCGGGCCCCGCCCCGCCCCCCUCCCCGCGCGGGGCCGGGGUCCGCCUCCUGCCCCGGCCGGGGACCCGGCGUCGCGCGCUCCCCCCCGGGUGCCAUGGCCUCGCGGCUCCUGCAUCGGCUGCGGCACGCCCUGACGGGCGACGGCCCCGGGGAGGUGGCGGUCGGCCCCGAGGCCGAGCAGUUCCCGGAGAGCUCGGAACUGGAGGACGACGACGCCGAGGGCCUGUCGUCACGCCUCAGCGGCACCCUGAGCUUCACCAGUGCCGAGGACGACGAGGACCAGGACGACGAGGACGACGAGGAGGCUGAUCCCGACCCGCUGCCCCCUGCGGACCGGGCGGCGGGAGAAGACGCAGGCCCAUCCUGUGCUCAUGCAGAACGGAGUCCUCCACCUGAUGGGCAGCGGGGCAGUCAGCUCCUGACUCGGCAGUUGCAAGAUUUCUGGAAGAAGUCCCGGAACACCCUGGUACCCCAGCGGUUGCUGUUUGAGGUGACCAGCGCCAACGUGGUCAAGGACCCACCCUCCAAGUACGUGCUCUACACCCUCGCCGUGAUAGGCCCGGGGCCACUCGAUCGCCAGCCAGCCCAGAUCUCCCGCCGCUACUCGGACUUUGAGCGGUUGCACCGAAACCUACAGCGGCAGUUCCGGGGCCCCAUGGCUGCCAUCUCCUUCCCCCGCAAGCGCCUGCGCCGCAACUUUACUGCAGAGACCAUCGCCCGCCGCAGCCGGGCCUUCGAGCAGUUUUUGGGCCACCUCCAGGCAGUGCCCGAGCUGCGCCAGGCCCCAGACCUGCAGGACUUCUUCGUGCUGCCCGAACUGCGGCGGGCGCAGAGCCUCACCUGCACUGGCCUCUACCGCGAGGCCCUGGCGCUCUGGGCCAACGCCUGGCAGCUGCAGGCCCAGCUGGGCGUCCCCUUGGGCCCAGACCGUCCUCUGCUGACCCUGGCGGGGCUGGCCGUGUGCCACCAGGAGCUGGAGGACCCUGGGGAGGCCCGGGCAUGCUGUGAGAGGGCCCUACAGCUGCUGGGGGACAAGAGCCCUCACCCUUUCCUUGCACCCUUUCUAGAGGCCCAUGUGCGGCUCUCCUGGCGCCUGGGCCUGGACAAACGCCAAUCAGAGGCCCGGCUCCAGGCCCUGCAGGAAGUAGGCCUGACCCCCACGCCACCCCCCAGUCUCAAAGAAUUACUCAUCAAGGAGGUGCUGGACUAACCACGCCUAGACUUAAGGCCACUGUGGGGGGAGGCGCUGCCCCAGGAUGAGGGGUGGAGUAGGGGCGGAUGAGGACAUGGACAGCAGCUGGGAGGCAGCCGGGGGUGCUGGGAACCCCUAGAAGUUCCACAAAGAGAACCCCUGGAAGUUCCACAAAGAAUUUGUAGUAGACCAAGGAAACAUGCUUCUUCUGUUGAGCUGGGCUCAGGACAAGCUUUGGCUGAGAUGGUGCAGGGAGAACGUCUGAUGCAGCCUCUCCAGCUUAUGAAUAUCUCGGGGCUGUGCCCCAGGUCAGGGUCAAUGGUCCCUUUUCCUUGGGCCUCCAAGCCAGCCUGGCUAAGGGCCAGGGACUCUGGCCCAGGAGUCCUGGGGUUGACGGCUGGAGGGAGGGCUGCAGUUCUGGCCCAGGGGGAUUAAAGGCCAGCAGCUCCAGUG